AUGGGGAAAUACGAGGGCAACCCGGUGUGGGAUGAUGUGGUGCCUAUCCCGCAAGAUGACGGCGAAGGAGCGUUGGCACAGAUCGCCUACACAGAUGAGUAUGCCGAAGCGAUGGGAUAUCUCCGUGCCAUCAUGGCCGCGAAGGAAUACUCCCCUAGAGUUCUCGACCUCACGGAACAUAUCAUAUCUAUGAACGCAGCCCACUACACCGUGUGGCUGUACCGCGCAUCCACGCUCCGCGCCCUGAAUACGCCCAUCGACAAAGAGCUCUCAUGGAUGAAUGAAGUUGCACUCCAGAACCAAAAGAACUACCAGAUCUGGCACCACCGCCAGAUCCUGAUCGACCAAUUAUACCCCAGCAUCUCCUCCGAUCCAGCUGCCAUCCAAGCCCUUGCCGACUCCGAGUUAGCAUUCAUGACCCAGAUGUUCGACGAGGACUCAAAGAACUACCACGUCUGGAGUUACCGGCAGUACCUGGUGCGCAAACUCGGCCUCUUCAAUUCCCCGGCAGAGUUGAAGUCCGUCGAGAAUCUCCUACGGAAAGAUAUCAGGAACAACUCAGCCUGGUCGCACCGCUUCUUCCUCGUCUUCUGCAACCCGGAGUAUUCAACGCCUGAUAGCAAGGCCACAGAAUAUGACGCCCGGAUUCCGGACGCCAUCGUCGAUCGCGAGCUCGCGUUCGCACAGGCGGCUACUUUCGAGGCGCCACAGAACCAGAGCCCGUGGAACUACAUCCGAGGGGUGCUGAGGAAGGGAGGCAGGAAGCUAAGUAGCGUGGAGCAGUUCGCUGGGGAGUUCGUCACGCUUCCCGAGGACGAUUCGGCGGAGGAUGUGAAGAGUAGCCAUGCGCUGGAUUUCCUGGCAGAGGCAUGGAGUGAAGAGGGGAAGACGGAGAAAGCGGAUCACGCGUUGAGACUGUUAGCAGACAAGUACGACAGGAUCCGGAAGAAUUACUGGGAUUGGAGGCGUGCGCCGUUGAAGGAGAAGACGAGUAAGUAG